CGAGAAUGUUUGCCCAAUGACCUUACCCACCUCAAGGUCUUCAGGAGACCAUAGUAUUAUAAUAGUAUUCAAAGGGAUUUCGAUGAUCUUCCCGAUAGAUAACUCCAUCAUGAAAAUCUGAGUUUAUCAAAAUUUGGGAAAAUUGCAGCUUCAUUGCUUAAUUCUCCUGAGUAAAAUGCAAUCUCGAAGUCGUCCUCAAAGCAACCUCAAAAACUUUGGUCUAGAUGACUCGCGAAAUAGGUUUCAAAUAGAACUGGAAUUUGUCCAAUGUCUUGCGAAUCCUAACUAUCUAAAUUUUCUUGCACAGCAAGGUUGGUUUGAAAAGCCAAAUUUCAUAAAGUAUUUGAAGUAUUUACUGUAUUGGAAGGACCCUGCAUACUCAAGAUAUCUCAUUUAUCCGUACUGUCUUCACCUGCUUGACCUUUUGCAACAUGCGGAAUUUCGCUCUGCUCUUGCACGAGGUCAGAUAUGCCGAAUGAUCGAUGAUCAAAUUCUUCUUCACUGGCAGCACUAUAUGCGCAAGCGUGCAGCUCUUAUAGCUAAACACGUUGAAGAAACUAUACAACCCACUUAACUUCACGUCUGAGCUAUGGAAUGUGCUAAGUCGUUCAUAAAUUGAUUUUCAUUUUCAGACUUGUGUUUUUCUUUCUGGAGAUGUCUUUUUGCCAUCAUAUCAGGCGUUUACUAAACACUGAGCUCUCUGUUUGGUCUCAUUAUACUUGGAUUUUUUUUACGAAAUAAGAUUUUGUUGACAAAGUAAACCACUGUUAAGUACCAAGAUCAUGUAAAUUCAUUCCAGUGCAUUAGCUUUAAUCGAUUUCUGUUAAAUUUCUAAUAUUCGAUUUAUUUUGCUCAACUCUUUAUAUUAAGUCACUCUUCUUGAAAUUGAGUAUAUAUUUGGGUAUUAGCCUCCCAGAUGGAACCUGCAGUUUUACUCAUAACACUUCGAACUGAUUGUUGGGAUAAUUUGCGUACACCGUAGGCGCAUUUAGUUCUAGUGUCUGUUGGAGUGCUUAAUAACUGUACUGUUUACUUGUCUCAAUUCCAACAUAGGGCAAUUAUCUAUGCCGAGACCUAAUUGCAUUUCAAACAAAAAAUUGUUUUUAACUUCAGCGAAUAAUUGAUUAUCGUAUGCUGAACUUAUGCUAAUUGUUGUUAGCAGUCUAAUGUAGUACUGUUCUUUUAGCUCCACUGUAAAUAGAUGUUUGAAUACCGACGUCUAAUCACCGCGUAAACCCCUAAUCAGUGUACCUAUAAUUUGUUAGCAUUUUUCAUUAUCCCUGUCCUAUACUCAAUAAGACGUUUCAUUGUCUCUUAUUUCUACCCUUAUAAGCUUAAUUAUUCACUUCUAAAAAUAGUUUUUUUGGGGAAAUCAUAGCGUUGUACAUUAUGGUCAGUCUACGUCGAAGUAGGAGAAAAUGAUAAAUUGAAGCGGAACGACGAUCUAUUUUAAUAUUAAGGUACACAAGCAUUGUUCAUGAAAUCAAGAAAAUGCAAUUGAAA